AUGCUGCUCUUUCGUCGAAGUAAACGACUCAUCCUGGUAGCUACGCUUGUCGUACUUGUCCUCAAUGUUUAUUUAUAUUUUACACCGGCUGCCCCAAAUAUAGUAUUCGAUGAAUCGUAUGAGGGAACAUUCAAAGGUAAGUUCCUAAAAACUAUCAAAACUGUGAAAGACUUGAAAUCUGAAAACUUCUACAAGAAGUGGUCAUUGAUUGGCUAUUUGGAUGAUUUAGUUCACGAACCUAUUGAGACUGCAAGUUUUACUAACUCGGUAGAUCCGUUCCAACUACUAGAGGAGUAUGAGCAGAAAGACGAAAAUGCACAGUACAAGGAUAUGACCCAAUUGGAAAAGGCGCAGUUUUAUGUAGAACACAUUAUACCUGAAUCAAAAUAUAAGUUCAGGCCUAUCCAAGAAACCAUUUACAAAGACGCUUUUGCUCCUAAGAAAUUUAUCAGUUCUAGGUUGAAGAAAUGGCUGAAAAUUAAGAAGCAGCUCUCCGAAGACGAACAAAAAGCGUUAGGUGUCAACGACGAAUGGUUCAAGCAAGUUGUCUCCGGUGUCAAAAAUGAAAAAUUGGCGCACAAUGAAGUCUCUGCAAAGGAAAUGAAGAACGCAUUUACCCAUUUGAAAUUCUUCUCUAAUAUAUUCUUGAAAAAUGAUCAAGUUUCAAGCGAUACGCAAUUACAAGAAUUUUGUUCAAUAGCACAAUCAAAAUUGUUUUCAUGGUUGAACGGGAACUAUCCUACAUUCACCAAGUACGAUCACCAUACAAGACCUACGGUGAUUGAUCCAUAUACAGAGACAACCCACUUGAAAGAGUCAUGCUUUGUAAAAAGCUUGCAGUCGAGCUUGAACGGUAGAGGCUUGGUUAUCACUGCACAUGAUCCGCUUGUACCAGAACUGGCUGGUCUUUUAGCUCUCCUAAGAAUAACUGGUAAUGAAUAUCCUAUCCAAAUAUUCCACAAAAAUGAUUUAUCAUUAGACUCUAUCCGAGUUAUUAACGAUAUAGCAUCUUCACCUAUCAUGAAAUUGCCCAAGUCAGUCCCAGAAUUUAGAGUUCCACUGAAUUUGAAACCACUAGAUAUUACUUAUGUUAACGUUAACGAUGUAAUUGAUUCCAAAUAUAAGCACUUCUAUGGCGGUUUUGGUAUGAAACUAUUGGCGUAUUUGUUUAACACUUUUGAAGAAAUGAUCAUGCUUGAUACUGAUACGGUGAUAGUUGAUAGCAUUGAAAAUUUUUUCAAUUCCCCGCAAUAUCAAGAAUCCCAUGCAUAUUUUUUCAAAGAUAGAGCUUUAAAUUCUUUUAUCUACGAAGGCAUAGUUGAUUAUUUCAAAUCGUAUCUAAAUUACGAUAAAGAAGUUCACUAUCUGGGGCUACCUAAAGUCAAAGAUGAGACUUUAAAUAACAGGUUUUUCGGAGAAUUUGCCAGACAUUUUAUGGAAUCAGGCUUAUUUGUCAUUAAUAAGAAAGAAAAAUUCGAUGGUGUCUUAGCAUCAACAAUUGCACAAAUGUUCAAAUUAUUCUCUGGGUCCCUUCAUGGCGAAAAGGAAUUUAUCUGGCUGGGUCAAGAAAUUAUGGGAAACUCGUACACCUUUAAUACCAACCCAGCUAUUGCUGUCGGUGAAUUUUCACCAGAUAGGGGGAUCUUGAGUAACGAAAUCUGUACCACUCACCCUGCGCACAUUGGUGAUCAUCACGAAUUGUUAUGGAUUAAUUCAGGUUUCUUAACAUGUAAGAAAUAUGAUUCCUAUUACAAGGAUAUUAAUUUCCAGAGAAACGCAGGCAAGAAAUUGAUUGAUUUGAAGAAAGAAUAUUUGUCCCCAGUCAUCAUUAAGGAUGCAAUUAUACCACCUCCUGCUGAGUACACAAUCAACGUAAAGAAAAGCAAAGAGCCUACCCGUGGAUGGACAAUGACUCACCAAUGUUCGGGUUAUAUGUGGUGUGCGUAUGAUAUUAUUGGCGGAUCCAAGGCACUGAAUAUUCCUAGAGGUACUGCUUUUAGUUUUCCCGAGGAAAACACCAAAGCGUGGGAAUACCUAGGAAGGUUGUGGGUAAAUUACUUCAACAUUGGCUACAGUGGGGGUGCAGAUCAGGGUUAUAUUGAUGGUGACUUCUAUGACGAGUUGGGGCUAGAAGAGAUGGAUGUAUUCAAAGAUGUCCAAGACCCUCCUGAAUUAGACCUCGACACAGUUUCGACAGCGUCAUUAUCAGAAAGUGGUGCUGUUGAAGAUGAAGAAGCGGGGGAUGGAAAUUCACACGGAAAUCUAGAAAAAGGCAAGAAAAUAAACAAAGGAGCUAUAGAAGAAGACGAGGGAGAACCAAUGGAUGAGGAAGUGGAAAAUGAGCCUGGUACUGGAGACCUAGAAACUGAAAGUGGAGUGGCCGAAGGUGAAUCAGGUAUCGACAAAGUAAUCAAUGAAAAUAAUGACGGCUACUAUAAGAGGUCACUUCUCCGUUAUCAUUAA